GAGAGAGAGAGAGAGAGAGAGAGAGAGAGAGAGGCAGACCCAUUUUAAUUUAUCUCAGUCUAUAAUUAAUUUCUCAGGAUCAGAUCUCAUACCUUACCCUGCACGCUGAACUAGUAAUCUCUCUGUACUCUCUCUCGAAGCAAACACAUCCGCUCUUUCUGUGUCUACAAUUUCUAGAAAAUGGGGCGUCAAAGUUCAAGUGUUUCAAUCUUUCUAGGGUUUCUGUUACUGAGUUUGUACCAAUCAGCAAUGGGUCGGUUCGUGGUGGAGAAGAACAGCUUGACGGUGACGUCACCGGAUAGUAUAAAGGGUAAUCACGACAGCGCGAUUGGCAACUUUGGGAUACCUCAGUACGGAGGCAGUAUGGCCGGGACUGUGGUGUACCCGAAAGAGAACCGAAAGGGUUGUAGAGGUUUCGAUGAAUUUGGGAUUUCUUUCAAUUCCAAGCCUGGGGCUUUGCCUACUUUUGUUUUGGUUGAUCGUGGAGAUUGUUUUUUUGCAUUGAAGGUGUGGAAUGCCCAAAAGGCUGGUGCAUCUGCUGUUCUUGUAGCAGAUGACAUUGAAGAAGCAUUGAUAACCAUGGACUCGCCAGAAGAGGAUCGUUCAUCUGCAAAGUAUAUUGAGAACAUAACUAUACCAUCUGCACUAAUUGAGAAAGGUUUCGGUGAAAACCUUAAGAAAGCAAUCAGUGGUGGGGAUAUGGUAAAUGUGAAUCUAGAUUGGAGAGAAGCUGUUCCACACCCAGACGAUCGUGUGGAGUAUGAGUUAUGGACCAACACCAAUGAUGAGUGUGGGAUUAAAUGUGAUAUGAUGAAGGAGUUUGUAAAUGAUUUUAAAGGUGCAGCUCAGAUUCUCGAGAAAAGUGGUUAUACUCUGUUUACACCACAUUAUAUAACUUGGUAUUGUCCUCAAGCUUUCACAGUGAGCAAACAAUGCAAAUCCCAAUGUAUCAACCAUGGUAGAUAUUGUGCUCCUGAUCCUGAACAGGAUUUCAACAAAGGUUACGAAGGAAAAAAUGUAGUUCUUGAAAACUUAAGACAGCUGUGUGUGUUUAGAAUAGCUAAUGAGUCCAAAAAGCCAUGGGUCUGGUGGGAUUACGUAACGGAUUUUCAACUUAGAUGUCCCAUGAAGGAGAAUAAAUACAACAAAGAAUGUGCUGACAGUGUUAUUAGAUCUCUAGGUCUUGAUUUGAAAAAGAUUGAAAAAUGUAUGGGAGACCCGAAUGCUGAUUCUGACAAUCCUAUUUUGAAAGAAGAGCAAGAUGCUCAAAUUGGGAAAGGAUCACGAGGUGAUGUAACCAUAUUGCCUACCCUUGUUGUCAAUAAUCGACAGUACCGAGGCAAGUUGGAGAAAAGUGCAGUUCUGAAGGCCAUUUGUUCUGGUUUUGAGGAAACUACUGAGCCAGCUGUUUGUUUGAAUGGUGAUAUGGAGACAAAUGAGUGCUUGGAUAAUAAUGGUGGUUGUUGGCAAGAUAAAACAGCCAACAUCACUGCCUGCAAGGAUACAUUUCGUGGUAGAGUGUGUGAGUGCCCGCUGGUUGAUGGUGUGCAGUUUAAGGGUGACGGUUACAGCUCUUGUUCAGCAAGUGGUCCUGGGCGUUGCAAGAUCAAUAAUGGAGGCUGUUGGCAUGAAACCCGAAAUGGACACACCUUCUCUGCUUGUUUGGAUAAUGAAGACAGCAAAUGCACGUGUCCUCAAGGGUUUAAAAGCGAUGGCGCCAACAGUUGUGCAGAUAUUGAUGAAUGCAAAGAGAAAAAAGCUUGUCAGUGCCCCGAAUGCAGCUGCAAGAAUACCUGGGGCAGCUACGAAUGCACUUGUGGUGGGGAGCUUCUGUAUAUCCGGGACCAUGAUACCUGCAUAAGUAAGAGAGCUACCGAAGUAAAGUCUGCAUGGGCCGCUGUUUGGGUCAUAUUGAUAGGUUUGGGUAUGGCUGCUGGUGGAGCAUAUCUUGUAUACAGAUAUAGAUUGAGGUCAUACAUGGACUCAGAGAUCAGAGCUAUAAUGGCGCAGUACAUGCCUCUGGACAGUCAAAAUGAAGUCCCAAACCAUAUCAGUGACGAUCGUGCUUGACAACAAAGCUCUAUCAUGUUUCAAGGAAUUUGGGUUUCAUUCAAGGUGUUUCAUACCCUUCUAUCCAGCCAAAGUUUUUGCAGGUAAAUUUUCGAACUAUGUAAAAAUAUUUUGGACAAUAAAAUCGAACGCAAGAUAUUGUCCAUGUCACACUGAACCAGAGUAGGGAUCGGUUCUGGGCUGAUUGGAAAGGAUUAUCGCUUAAGUGUGUAGGAAGGUCUGUCUCCUUAGAUGUUAAAAGUGUUGUCACUUAGUUGUGCAGUAUCGUGUGCACCUUUUUCUUUUCGAUGAAUUUGUGCCAGGAUUGCAUGAUUCUGCAUGUAACGAGAUUUGACUAUCUUAGUUGCCCCGAUUAGCAAAAUUUGUAUCAGAGUGUAGUAAUAAUUUAAUAAUACAUAUUCAGUUUGUCCACUAUGCAAUGCUCUUUGAUGGUUCUUUUGGGGCCACCUUUUGUAAGUUAUGUAUUGAUCUAGUGU